GCUCACGUAUUCUGUAGUAAUAUUUAUAACGGCUCUUUCCUCAAGGUUAUCAUCAUCAUCUAGUACUCCACAGGCAUCUAGUUCGUCCUCUCAGGCUGGAUCCACACCUUCUUGGCGGUCGACAACACCGACGCCGGCCUGCGGAGCUCGCUUUUUUAUUUGCGGUGAAGGAAGCGGCCUAUCAGUGUACGAGCAGGGACAAUGUGACGAUCCAGUGACGUCUGAUGAUGUCCAAAUGACCAGCCUGAUCUUCGACUCGCUCAUUCAGACGCGCUACGCCCGCACUAAAGUCUCGAGUACGGUGCAGAAUGACGCAUCUUCUCCUAGACUCUUCAACUUCACAUUUGUGAUUCCGGAGACAGCUGUGGUCUCGACAGUUUCCCUGACCUUAAAUGGAGUACAAUACUUCUCCCGCCCAAUUCAGAAAGAGGGUCAAGUUAUUAACACACCGACACCAACGUCCGCAGGAAUAAGUGUUAGAGAUGCCACACAGUUUGGGGUUCGGUUGACUCUGGCGGCUCGCUCCAACGUUGUCUUCAGUCUGACCUACGAGGAACUGCUUACCAAACAAAUGUCAGAGUAUACGCACAAAGUGCACAUCUCGCCAGGCCAGGUAGUGCCUCAUCUUGAGGUACGCAUACGAAUCACCGAGCCCACGGAGAUCACAGCUUUAGAUUUGAAACCUUUCACAAACGACAUCACUUCGGCUUCUGCCAUUAAAGCGUCCAUCCUGAAGUGGUCUGGCGGUGAAGCAGAAGUUCAGUAUAUACCUACGGUCACUGAACAAAUUCAGAUGGCAGAACUUUUCCAAGAGAAUCCAGAGGCUGGGUUGAAUGGCUAUCUGGCCAUUUCCUACGACGUCCUGAGCCCUGCACCUGCAGGUCAAUUGUUCGUGCACAACAACUAUUUCGUUCAUUUCUUCUCGCCGACUUUGUGGUCAGCAAUUCCCAAGCACGCACUGUUCGUUCUCGACGUCAGCGGUUCAAUGAGUGGCGUGAAGAUUCAGCAGCUGAAGGAUGCCCUCGUGUCAAUAUUAAACCACCUAGACGCCAGUGACUCAUUCACAGUCGUUGAGUUUUCUUCUAGCUACAAGAUAUGGGAUUUGGAUGGAACUGAUACGCUGAACUGUCACACUUACCAAGCCACUUCGGAUCGGAUUUCAGCAGCACUGUCUAAGGCUAGGGCGAUGCAAGCUGGAGGAGGCACGAGCCUGAACGCAGCACUCCAGAAGGCUUUGAAGUGUACCAGCCUUCAGAGCAAGUUGGAUCCUAUAUUGGUAGUGCUUACGGAUGGACAAGCAACGGAUGCAUCGUCGUCUACAAUCCUGGCCAACGUAAAAGCAGCGAACGUAAACACCAACAUCUACAGUCUCGCUUUCGGCCGGGGCGCAGAUUUCAAUUUCCUUCACAGCUUGGCCCACGGGAAUGGAGGCAAAGCUCAUAUAAUCUACGAGGGUAAAGACGCAGCCCAACAAUUGGAAGACUUCUACAGCUCUAUCUCCACUCCGCUUCUGAUGGACGUCUCUUUCAACUACGGCGAUAUGGUGGAUGUUUCGACUAAAACAUGUCAUUGCGGCUUCCGUUUAGUCUCGUCAAGACUUUUUCAAUGA